GCGGGCAGCCGCUGACGGCAGCUCGAGGCCCGUUGACGUGUCCGCCGCGAGUUGUGAAGGUCUUUCCGAAAGUCGAGAUUCCAGAAUCUCGCUGCUUAAACCGACCCUGACAUAAGGGAUGUGUGUUUUCCUUUUCUGUAUUUGUAAGCUUUAAACACCAGCCUGUUUCCCCUCACUGGGGUCUGUGGGGGCUGCAGUUCAAGGUAGAUUUUGGGCUGUCCGUUGCCGUGUGUUGUAAGUUUGGAUCUUGAUGGGGGAGCGUGAGGCAGCAGCUGGAGAACGCGUUCCAGGCGGGGCUGCGCGGUCCGUGGGUCACAUUUGAGGUGUGUUAAAAGGUUCUCUUCGCGUAUCUCGGGACUGUGGUGUGCGUGUACCUUGGGAAAUUUCGCUUAGGCGUGAGAAGAAAUGUUUUACUGCGAGACUGGGGCAUAGGCCGUGCAGAGGCUGUGGCUCCCCACCCUGGAGGUGGCUUGCCUCCCGGCUGGGCACGCUCCUGCAGAGGGCAUUGCUGCAGGAGAGGUGGGAUGGGAGCUCCAGGGGCGUCUCGGCUGCGCCUUGGAAUUUCCUUAUAGCAGUGAGAGGGUCCGAGGGGCUGUACAUGGUGAACGGGCCCCCCAGUUUCACUGAGAGCACGGCAUUCCAAAGGGAUUCUGGAAAAAAUUGCAAAGCUGUUGCAUUUAGCAAGGACGGCUCCCUCUUUGCCUGGUGCAAUGGAGAAAAGGUCAAUGUUGUUAAUGUCAACAGAGCUGAGUUACUGCAUUCCUUUGAUCUCCCAAAGACAGUUUGCCUUGAAUUCUCGCCAAAGAAUAAUGUUCUGGCAACGUGGCAGGCCUAUGCAACUCCUAAGGAUGGCACAGCAGGAGUGCCCAACCUGCAGCUCCAUGAUCUGAAAACUGGAAAAUGCUUAAAGUCUUUUAUGCAGAAAAAGAUGCAGAACUGGUGUCCUUGCUGGGCAGAUGAUGAAAGCAUUUGUGCCAGGAAUGUGAACAACGAAGUGCACUUCUUUGAAAACAACAACUUCAAUACCAUUGCAAAUAAGCUGCAUUUGCAGAAGGUCAGUGAUUUCGUGUUGUCCCCAGGAGCACAGCCAACCAAGGUUGCUGUUUACGUGCCGGGCAGCAAAGGUGCUCCGUCCUUUGUCAGGCUCUACCAGUACCCCAACUUCGGGGGCCCGCAGUCAGCACUAGCCAACAAAAGCUUCUUCAAAGCUGACAAGGUGACGAUGCUAUGGAACAAAAAAGCCACGGCCGUGCUGGUGGUUGCCAGCACCGAGGUGGACAAGAGCGGAGCCUCGUACUACGGCGAGCAGACGCUGCACUACGUGGGGGCCAGCGGGGAGAGCGCCGUGGUGCAGCUGCCAAAAAAUGGCCCUAUUUACGACGUUGCCUGGAGCCCCAAUUCUGUCGAGUUCUGUGCCGUGUACGGUUUCAUGCCUGCCAAAGCCACAGUUUUUAACCUGAAAUGUGACCCUGUGUUUGAUUUUGGCACCGGGCCUCGCAACGCUGCCUACUAUAGCCCCCACGGACACAUCCUAGUGCUGGCAGGGUUUGGAAACCUCAGGGGACAGAUGGAAGUGUGGGACGUUAAAAACUACAAACUCAUUUCCAAGCCGGUGGCCUCGGAUUCCACGUUCUUCGCUUGGUGUCCCGACGGGGAGCACAUUGUGACGGCCACGUGUGCUCCCCGGCUCCGGGUCAGCAACGGAUACAAGAUCUGGCACUACACGGGCUCGGUGCUGCACUCCUACGAGGUGCCAUCUGACGAGGAGAUGUGGCAGGUGUUCUGGCAGCCCUUCCUGGACGGGGUGUUCCCGGAGAGAGCGGUGAAAUACCAGGCGGUGCCCAGCGACCUGCCCGGCGCUGAGCCGAGGCCUGCGCAGGCGUACAGACCUCCCGCCCUGAGGAACAAGCCCGUCACAACCUCCAAGCUCCAUGAGGAUGAGCCCCCCCAGAACAUGAAACCCCAGCUGGGAGGCAGUGAUAAGCCAUUUUCUAAAACAGCUCUCAAAAAUCAGAGGAAACAUGAAGCCAAGAAAGCUGCUAAACAGGAGGCCAAAGCUGAUGCACACCAAGGCCCUGCCCAGGUCAAAACCCCACAGAAUGCCCUGCAGAACACUGUGCCUGCCAUGACCACGGGAGAUCCUGAAGUGGACAAGAAGAUAAAGAAUUUGAAAAAGAAACUAAAGGCAAUUGAGCAGCUGAAAGAACAGGCAGCUGCUGGCAAACAGCUGGAGAAGAAUCAGGUGGAGAAGAUUCAGAAAGAAGCUGCUCUCCUUAAGGAAUUGGAAGACCUAGAACUGGGUGUUUAAAUAUUCCUUGAGCUCCAAUGUGGUGCUAACACAAAGUUCAUGCAAAAUUUAGUUUGUUAAACAUUUCAGCAAACAACCAAGGGUGUGAGAGUCGACAAGCAAGCGAUGAGCGUCCAUCAGCCGGUUCUGCUGCUGUUCCAUUGAGAAAUGCGCUCCUUUUCUGAGAACGUACUGCCUAAACCAGAUUGUUUAUCCUUACUUGGGUGUGAGAAGGGAAGGCGAUAAAUACAUCUGAUAGCUGUAUUAUAUUUAAAAAGAGACGCGAUCUUUAUGCAAUAACGGGACGUUGGUAACAAUAAAGAGCGUUUAAUAAGGA